AUUUUUGGAGGAUCAAAGAAUGUGAAUGUAAGUCAUGUCAUCCAUGAUUUGUCGUUUGGCCCCAAAUAUCCAGGACUUCACAAUCCACUCAUGGAUGGGACGACGAGAAUUCUGCAUGAUGCGAGUGGGACAUUCAAAUAUUACGUUAAGGUUGUUCCCACUGAAUACAGGUACAUAUCAAAGGAAGUUUUGCCUACUAAUCAGUUCUCAGUUACAGAAUACUUUUCCCCCAUGAACGAUCAAGACCGGACCUGGCCAGCUGUCUACUUCUUGUAUGAUCUGUCACCUAUUACCGUCACCAUUAGAGAAGAGCGCCGUAGUUUUCUUCAUUUCAUUACUCGGCUUUGUGCUGUGCUGGGCGGAACCUUUGCCUUGACAGGGAUGCUGGAUCGCUGGAUGUACAGACUGGUCGAAGCUAUAACUAAACCAGCCUCCAGAAGUGUAUUACGGUAGAAUCGAAAUCCUUGCAUCAUCUUCAAGGAAUUUCAGGCAUGACAUCGACAUUCAAACCCACCUUGUGAUUUAAAAGAUGGGGGCUUAUUUAAAACUAAAUUUCCCUUUUUUUCUUUUGGAAAAAGGAAGGAUAUGUGAACGUUCACAUCAUAUAAUAUAAUCCUUUUUUUGUAUUAGCUGACCUCAAUGGCUAGCUUCUAAUUGUGUUUGCAGUGGAAAUCAUUGUUAGUUUGUUGCUUGUUUGACCUAUGUUUGUAGGGGAAAGUAAUUUUGUUAAGACGAGAGCCCAACUCAGAUUGAGAGGCUAUGAAGGAAUUAUACAUACUAUAAAGCACUUUUAGCUACUUCAAAAGAAAGUAGUUAAGUGUAAUUUGUAUCAUUUUAAAAAUUAAUACUAUCUUUGAUUCUGUAUAUAA